AUGGCAGAGGCUGAGGCUGUGCAGCUGAAGGAAGAAGGGAACAGGUUCUUCCAGGAGCAGGAUUACAAGGCCGCAGCUCGGAGCUAUGGCCAGGCCCUGAAGCUCACCAAGGACAAGGCACUGCUGGCCACACUCUACAGGAACCGGGCAGCCUGUGGCCUGAAAACGGAGAGCUAUGUUCAGGCGGCUUCUGAUGCUUCAAGAGCCAUCGACAUCAACUCUUCGGACAUCAAGGCUCUGUAUAGGCGGUGCCAGGCGCUGGAGCAUCUGGGGAAGCUGGACCAGGCCUUCAAGGAUGUGCAGCGCUGUGCCACCCUUGAGCCACGAAACCAGAGCUUCCAGGAGACACUGAGGAGGCUCAACACCAGCAUCCAGGAAAAGCUCCGUGUACAGUUCUCCACCGAUUCCAGGGUUCAGACGAUGUUUGAGAUCCUCCUGAACGAAAAUAGCGACGCCGAUAAAUUGGAGAAGGCAGCCAACAACCUCAUUGUCCUAGGCCGGGAGGAAGCAGGGGUGGAACGGAUCUUCCAGAACAAUGGGGUGGCCCUGCUACUGCAGCUGGUGGACACCAAGAGGCCUGAAUUGGUGCUAGCUGCAGUGCGGACCCUGUCAGGCAUGUGCAGUGGCCACCGAGCGAGGGCCACAGCGAUUCUCCACGCAGUCCGAAUAGAGCGAAUCUGUAGCCUCAUGGCCGUGGAGAAUGAGGAGAUAUCCCUGGCUGUCUGCAACCUGCUCCAAGCUAUCAUUGACUCUCUCUCUGGGGAGGACAAGCGGGAGCACCGAGGCAAGGAGGAAGCCCUGGUUCUAGAUACCAAGAAGGACCUGAAGCAGAUCACUAGCCACCUGCUGGACAUGCUGGUCAGUAAGAAGGUUUCUGGCCAGGGCAGGGACCAGGCCCUGAAUCUGCUCAAUAAGAACGUGCCCAGGAAAGACCUCACUGUUCAUGACAACUCUCGAACCAUCUAUGUUGUGGAUAAUGGUCUGAGGAAGAUCCUGAAGGUGGUAGGGCAGGUCCCUGACCUGCCAUCCUGCUUGCCCCUGACGGACAAUACCCGGAUGCUGGCCUCCAUCCUCAUCAACAAGCUCUAUGACGACCUGCGAUGUGACCCAGAGCGUGAUCACUUCCGAAAGAUCUGUGAGGAGUACAUCACGGGCAAGUUUGACCCGCAAAAUAUGGACAAGAAUGUAAGUGCCAUCCAGACAGUAUCAGGGAUCCUGCAGGGCCCCUUUGAUCUCGGUAAUCAACUGCUGGGGCUGAAAGGAGUGAUGGAGAUGAUGGUGGCCCUGUGUGGCUCCGAGCGGGAGGCGGAUCAGCUGGUGGCUGUGGAGGCCCUCAUCCAUGCCUCCACCAAGCUCAGUCGUGCCACCUUCAUCAUCACGAAUGGUGUGACCCUGCUCAAACAGAUCUAUAAGACUACCAAGAACGAGAAGAUCAAGAUCCGAACACUGGUGGGACUCUGUAAGCUCGGCUCUGCAGGCGGCACAGACUAUGGCCUCAGACAGUUUGCCGAAGGGUCCACAGAGAAGCUGGCCAAGCAGUGUCGCAAGUGGCUGUGUAAUGCAUCCAUUGAUACACGGACCCGACGCUGGGCCGUGGAGGGCCUGGCCUACCUCACACUAGAUGCCGACGUGAAGGACGACUUCGUCCAGGACAUCCCCGCUCUGCAGGCCAUGUUUGAGCUAGCCAAGGUACAUACCACUGACAAGACCAUCCUGUACUCAGUAGCCACCACCCUUGUAAACUGCACCAACAGCUAUGAUGUCAAGGAAGUCAUUCCUGAGCUGGUACAACUCGCCAAGUUCUCCAAGCAGCAUGUGCCUGAGGAGCACCCUAAGGACAAGAAGGACUUCAUAGACAUACGGGUGAAGCGGCUCCUGAAGGCUGGUGUCAUCUCCGCACUGGCCUGCAUGGUGAAGGCAGACAGUGCCAUCCUCACAGACCAGACUAAAGAAUUAUUGGCCAGGGUAUUCUUGGCACUCUGUGACAACCCAAAAGACCGAGGUACCAUUGUGGCUCAAGGUGGUGGCAAGGCCCUGAUCCCCCUGGCCUUGGAGGGCACUGAUGUGGGUAAAGUAAAAGCAGCCCAUGGCCUUGCCAAGAUUGCUGCUGUGUCCAACCCUGACAUCGCUUUUCCUGAGGAGCGGGUAUAUGAGGUAGUGCGGCCCCUCGUGAGUCUCCUGGAUACGCAGCGGGAUGGACUCCAGAACUAUGAGGCACUCCUGGGCCUCACCAACCUGUCAGGGCGCAGCGAGAAACUCCGGCAGAAGAUCUUUAAGGAGAAGGCCUUGCCAGACAUCGAGAACUACAUGUUUGAGAACCAUGACCAACUGCGGCAAGCGGCUACUGAGUGCAUGUGCAACAUGGUGGUAAAUAAGGAGGUGCAGGAGAGGUUCCUGGCUGAUGGGAAUGAUCGGCUGAAGCUGGUGGUGCUGCUGUGUGGGGAGGAUGAUGACAAAGUGCAGAAUGCAGCAGCGGGGGCCCUGGCCAUGCUCACAGCUGCACACAAGAAGCUUUGCUUCAAGAUGACUGAAGUGACAACCCAAUGGUUAGAGAUCCUACAGCGGCUUUGCUUGCAUGACCGGCUGUCAGUCCAACACCGGGGCCUCGUUAUUGCCUACAACCUGCUUGCAGCUGAUACUGAGUUGGCCAAGAAGCUGGUGGAGAGUGAACUAUUGGAGAUCCUGACUAUAGUGGGCAAACAGGAGCCUGAUGAGAAGAGGGCAGUAGUGGUUCAGACAGCGCGGGAAUGUCUCAUCAAGUGCAUGGAUUAUGGCAUCAUUAAGCCUGUGUCUUAA